AUGAUGCGGCUGGACCGGUUGAAGCCGGGUCGCUCUAACCCCGUGUCUGUCAGCUUGGUUGCCCCCUCGUACCCUAGCGCUUCUUUGUCGUCUGUCGCCCCUGUCUCGGUUGGUGAUAUUUCUGUAAAUGGUGCUUUGGAGUCACCGGUAAUGCCACCUCAUGGCCUCAUCGUAGAGCAUUCGCAGGUUUCAUCGACAAUGGCAGGUUCGCGCCUCCCUGCUACCCACCAGGCAAUGGACGCUGAGACACUCUCGCUGACUCGGCACGCAUUCUCUCGUCAGUCUCAGCGGUGGGGCACCCUAACCGGAGGCCGCGCUGAAGGCAAAGGCUCUUUGGCAUCAUCACAUGGCGGGCGGCCUCCCACGGUUUGCGGAUCUUCGGGUCUGCAAAGGCCUGGGCUUUUGUCUUGCGGUUUUCAGCAAAUCAACCAGCCGACACGGCCCGCUGCUCUCUCUUCGGAUCAAGGGAAACCGCCCGGAGUAUCUUCAAACGAGCGUGUGCAGGCGGCUGCCCCGGUGUGGCGUUUGGUCCUGGGUACGCCGGGAAAGCCUUUUACUGUUGAGCGUGCGGCGCGCGGAUCCGAUGUCCCUGGCACUCUCGUCCCGCCGUGUCCAACAGAUGUGUAUCCCCCAGGGUUGGUUCCUGCCUUGACGAAAGGAAGCCUUUUUAUAGGCUCCUUGAAGCAUGCUUUAGAUGAGGCGCUUCUGAAAAAACUUGGUGUCAAACUUGUGGUUACAGUGGCGUGGCCGUACGGGGAAUGGCCCUCUCACCAGCGCUCUCUCUACUCUCGUCUUAGGAUCACCCAUAUCAAUCAUCCCCUGUUGGAUUCUCCUUCUCAGGCGCUCGACUUCGCCCAUCUUUCUUUGGCACGAAUCCACACUUACCUGUCCAGGGGUGCCACAGUACUCGUUCAUUGUGAAAAGGGCAUUUCUCGGUCUGCCUCGCUUUGCGCAGCAUAUCUGAUCGUUUACCACGGACACACAGCCAGUUCUGCUUUGGCAGCGAUUCGGAAAUACCGCCCAAUUGCGCGGCCCAAUCAAGGCUUCCUUCUACAGCUCCGGCGACUUGAAGACAGCCGCCAGGCAGUAGCAAACGCUCUGCAGGCCAGCCCGAUCGCGUCGUCGAGUCGUUCGUCGUCGAGCAGCGCGUUCUGGCCCUCAUUUCGCCGCUUCCCCAUCUUCCCUUUGCGGUCGGACGGUGCGGAUCCCCGGCCCGUGUCGCCUCGCGAGCGAGUAGUGAUAAUUCAACAGGGUGUACGACGAGGAAUAUGGGAGAAAUGA